AUGUUGGCAGCUCACUUCGUCAGGAGCAAUCACGUCAAUGACCAGUUCACAUACGAUGCUGUGCUUAGUGUCGUAAACGACAAGCGCCGAGAGCUAAAGCUCCGAGUGCAACAGGCAGAGCAGAAGUGGACCAAGGAUUUGCCAGAUGAAAUAGAGCAGGGUGUUCAAAGAUGGCUCAGAUUUCUCGACGAAUUGCUCGCUCAGACAUCUGACAAGUACGAGAGCUUGAAAGAACAGCAGGUGCAAGCACUACAGCGAUCACCUACGUCUGGACUCGAUCCGGAUGAUCCAUCUUCAGAUAUUGUCAAGCUACCAGCUGCCAUAGCUGUGGCUUCGGAAAACACAACUGAUCUCGAAAAAGUCAGUCUACUCUCCUUGUUCUUCGUCUUCGUCGCUAUAGCAAUGGUCCCGUUCGGCAUGGGCUUUGCAGGAUACUGGACCGCUGACCCUCCAGAAUCAGCAGUCGGCUCAACUGCCGACCCCGACUUCAAGUGGCUCAUCUCCUCGACUCUCCUGUCAAUCUUCGGUAACGUAUACGCUGCUGUACCGCUCUGGAAAAUCACAAGAGGAUCUUCAGCCAAUCUCGCCAGUCAGAUAGUCCUAUGGCUUUCUAUCGUCUUGGGCGUCGUCUCGGUAUCUGUAUAUCCUCUCUGCAAUAAAGCCUGGAGUUCGAGUCUAUCCUUCUUCUGCAGCUUCUUUGCAAUCGGUUCGGUAUUCAUAUCCACGCAGAAGACGAGUGAAAAGGCUACUAAUUCUGCGGCCGAGGAUCUGAAGACCAAGAAGAAUAACUAA